AUUUCAGAAUCGAUUAUAUGAAGACCAGAUAAUCCUAGAAAUAAAGUCGUUAACCUGUAUUCUCGGCGGAACGGAAAACACGAAAGCAGUUGUUCAGUGGCGCAUGGACCAUGGGAACGAGUCCGCCCCCCGAGCGUUACUACCUUCCAGGGUCGCUAAUGAGUUUAGUGGGGCAGGUUUAAAGUUUCGGAAGUGGAAACAGGAAAGACUGGCAGAACUAUUUAAAAUAUGGCUGGCAGGUAUGUUUGGUCAAGUAUUUGGAAAGCACCUUAAACCAGGCCGUAAACAAUCUUCCCACCUCCGCUCGGAAGCAGAAUAAAUCACAGGUAGCGGAUAUGGACUCAUGUAACAGCACAGCAGAGUGCUGUCCCGAUCCGGGCUGUGUAGAGGAGGACAGAGAGGUCGCCUCCAGGGCCGUGUCGAUUGUCAUCAGCGGUGCCCGGAAGGGGGCCGUUCAUCUGUGCUCAAGCGUUGCGGAAUUACUAAAAGAAAAUCGGCGUUUACAGAGAAUCGUUGAGGCACAACAGGCCCAAAUCCGGCUCCUCAGGAACAUGCCUUCAGCAGCUCGGUCCAUCAGUGCACAGGCCAGCACCUCCUCCUGCUCCACCCCCUCCCUAUCAGUCAUGCAGGACGCUGGCUUCUCCUCCUCAUGCAGCUCAGGGAGGGGCAGCCUCUCCCCCAGUGUCCUGCUGAGCGGCCUACCCCCUCUGACAGUCCCCCACCACGAGGUCCUAACAGAUCACGUAAAAGCGGCUGCAGUAUUCCCGCUCGUGCAGCGGAAUGAGCAGGAGUCUGCAGUACUGCAGGUCCCCCUCACGGACCUGUGUGCCAGAAUCCCCAGGAGACGCCUUCAUCCCAGCUCCCCUCUGCUCCGCAGCACAGAAGUGAAAGCACAGAGCAAUGAAGUGAGGGAGUUUGAAAAGAACCCCCAAGAAGAAUUACCCCUGGGUGAAGAUACAUUGCACAAGAAACACAAGGAGAAAACCACAUGCAGCGUUCAAAAGGAAGAUUCAAGACUUGUGAAGGAGUUGGCCGACCUUGGCCUGAAGCAGAGGUGUCCUCCGACAGCGCCUGACUCCUCCAUAUGCCAUGGGACAGACACAGCAGUGAGCAGACGUCAGUGUCACACAAGGACGAAACAUCGUUUGAAGCUCAACGACCGCGUGGUGCUGGACACAAAGCAGAAGGGGACAGUCCGCUUCAUUGGACAUUUGGAGAACAUGAGUAACAAUGAGGUGUUCAUUGGUUUGGAGUUAGACACAGCGUGUGGAGAAAAUGAUGGAAUGUUCAACGGUACAAGAUAUUUUAGGUGCAAGGCCAAUUGUGGCACCUUCACUACAAUGUCCCAUAUUAAGAAGCUUUCAAAGCCACGGAGCCCCCAGGUUUCCCAGUCUCGACCCACAGAGAGAAUGGAUUCCAGUGAUUCAGAUGGAGUGGGGUCGUCCGCAAGAAAAUCCAAGAGCAGGCUGAGGCGGACAGCAAACCAGAUGGACGUGGCGGCCCAGGUCCACUGUGCGGCCAACAGCCGCGCCAGAAGUGCCAAGAAAUCCGGGAGCUCAUAGCAGCUGGGGGCGGAGCAAGAGUAUCUGGACAACCUGGUCUGGAGGGGACUUAUUGUGCCACACACCUUUAAAAGGUGAUGUGCUGACUCAUGGCUUUUAAAAAGCCAGCGGUACUUAUAGUGAUUUUAAUUUAUUUUUUGGAAAAUGUUUUGAUGCAUUUUCACAUUUUGGUCUAUAUUUCCGAAAGAAGAAUAAACAAACCAAUGUUUGGCUUUUGUGUACAU